AUGCGGGCUCUUUUGGAGGACGGUAACGGCACGGACGUCAGCAAGUUCGUUGGAAUAGCACUUGGAGUCGCUGGUGGCGUUAUCAUUCUGACUGGAGUGUUAUGGCUUUUGUACCGUCGAUAUGGUGACAUCGGCGGGAGCCUUGCUGGCAUCCCCCCGGAACGCAAAAUGCUUGUAUUCACCGACCUGGGCAGGCUUCAAGACGGCGGACCGAGAGGCCAAACGGUACGUGAUGAUGUGCGGCUGCCGAAUGUUUUUAGGGAACCCGGAAAGUUUGCUGGAAUAGCAGUCAACAGCACGGCAGCGUCAGGGCAGCCGCCGACGACCCCUGGGUCGGCGACGGCUUCGCCGCUGCGUGGCGUUGGCGGCGGCAGCCGCCCCGCCUCGGCUGUGGGCAGUCCAGGCGCCGGCCCCGGCCCCGGCCCCGGCCCCUGCGGCUCGCUACUGCCAUCCCUGUCUGUGGGUCUGGAGGCGGACCCGCUGCCCAGCACCCCGGGCUCCAUCGCCAGCCCACGAGGACAUGGCCGCAUGCUGUUCAACACGAUGGACCAUCCGCGGAGCAGCAACACAGGGGCAGCGACGGCGGCGGCGGUGGCGGCGGCGGCGGCGGGAUCUGCAGAUAACAGCCGACCCGGCUCCUCCUCCUCCGCACAGCAGCAGCAGCAGCAGCAGAAUGCACGGAACAGCUUAGGGGUUCAUGGCAGCGGCGGCGGCAGCAGGACCGAGAGUCGUGGCGGGACGUUGGACCGCAGCGGCGGCGAGCGGCCCGGAUCCGGAGGGCCGCAGCAGCAGCAGCAGCAGCAGUUGUUGUCGCCGUCUAGGGUGUCUUCAUCCGGGGCGGCGGCAGCGGCGGCGGCGAGGGCGCGAGGCGCGCCGGGCAGCACGGCCGCGAGCGCAUUGCCGCCGGCGCUAGUACCGACGGGGAGCGUUACGACGGCUUGGAAGGGAGCACUGGCGGCUCCGGAACCCGGCCCCGAGCGGUCCCUUAACUCACUAGCGACCGGAACCACGACGUCGCCGGUUGAAACAUUUGGCGGCGGCGGCGGUGCAGCGGGUCCGACGGUUGUGUCCGUCAGCGGCUUUGGAACCGGGUUAACUCCGGGGCGCCCGCCGCUACCGUACCGCAGCAGCGCCAGCGGCGGCGGCGCUAGUGGGCCCGCCCUGGCGGCGGUCGCAGCCGCGGCGGCUGGUAGCCUGGGGGCACCUGGCGGUGCUGCCAGCCCUGUACGGCAGCGCGUGUCACGUUCUCGACCCGGUAGUGGCAACGGACCUAGCGGCGGCGGCGCUAUGGAAGACGCCGGCGGCGGCGGCGGCGGCGGCGGUUUGCGGUCGUCACGGACGUCGCAAGGUGCUGGGAUGUCCGGCCUCACCGGCCAGGGAGGGGGGAUGCCGAUGGCAGAGGACACCAUCUCCUCGAUCAGCGCCGCCAGCAGCCAGUUCAACUCCUUUUCAACGAUGGGGGGGGAGGGAGCGACCGCACACCAAAACAACUACCGGCGCCACAGCAAUCACUUGCAACAGCCGCCGCCGCCGCCGCAGCAGCAGCAAGCGACGGCAGCGGCGGCGGUGCCAUCAACUCCGCUACGGCAGCAGCAGCAGCAGCGGCUUGACGGUAAACAAAGCACCAAUGCAUCGGAAGGUGAAGGUGACGGAGGCGGCAGCGGCGGCGGCGGACCUGCAGCGAUCCAAAUCCAUGCUAGCAGCCUGCAGCGAUCCCGUCUCGGGUCUUUGGGCGCCGCAUUGGGUGCAAAUACGUCCGUCACGAGUAGUCAGGGCUCCGCCACGGUGGCGGCUGCGGCGGCGGCGCCGUCGCCGCCGCUGACAGCGACAGGAUACGGCAAUGGGGAGCACCGUGCUGCUGGGUCACUGCACAGAACCUCGCCGCCGCCAUCGCCGCCAGCAGCGACAUCUGUGAAAAUGGCAGCGCCGCCGCCGACGCCGCUGCGGUACGGCAGUAAGGUUGCAGUGGCGACGGAGAUCACGGAGGUGGAAACUGUCGAGGAUGACGUUUGUCAGGCUCGUACCGUAGGCGUUUUCGCCGCUGCGACCGCCACCGCGGCUGCUGCUGCCGCCGCUGCCGCUGCAGACGCAGCUAGGAGCGGCAGCAGCGACCAGCGACCUCUCGAAGUAGUGUCGGCGUCGGGCGCUUCCGCCGCAUCUGCGGAGGCGGAGGCGGGCUCCUCGCCGCUUCACCACACCUCCCCAACACGAGCCGCAUGGGCUGCGGCCGUGUCGCUAAGUAGCAAGUUGUUUGGCCCCCGGGGACCCCGGCCCAACACGCAGCAGCUGUAG